AUGUCUAAACCGCCCAUAAGAAGCGAGAAUAGAGUAGUAGGAAAAGCUCCUUAGAUAUCUAACAGACUCUAAGAAGCUCCAAAACCAUUGAGAAAUGCUUCAACUAAUAGACUGAAUCAAAUGAAAACUACAGGAAUUAUUGAAGAGAUUAAGGAUAAGCCAAAAGUUGGGUUUACUGAAAAGCCAUCGGACAGAUUUAAGAAAAUAAAGGCAGCUGAUCCAUUCUCUGGAGGUAAAAAGCAUAAGACUAAUUUUGGCUAUGUUUAUAGCUCUGGAGGAGUGCCUAUCAGAAUAAAUCAUGGCUCAGUAGUCAACAAAAUUCAGUGGGAUACUGACCCAAGUUAACUUGAUUAUGAUCCAUUACUAAUCAACUGCUUUGAAGGAUUAUUGGAAACUGAGCAUCCCUAUGCUUUAUGUGCUAAUAGUGGUCUUCAAGAAAUGUUAUCAUCGCAUGGAGCUGCAGAGAAGACAAUUCCAGUUGUUUAAAAACUGAUAAUGCCUCUAAGAAAUGCUUUUAUGUCUUCUGAUAAAGAAAUUUGGAAUAAGGGACUAGAAGCCCUGAGAAAACUUUCACAGACUGUUGGACAUCAUUUGACUCCUCAUAUUCACAUUCUUUUGGCAUAACUUAAUAAGAAAAUGGCUAAUAAACCCAUGAGGGAAAAGAUUAUGGGAGUGCUGAAUACCAUUGAAGAACAAGGAGGUAAAGAGGCACUUGAUGUACUAAGAUCUAAAAUUCCAACUUAUACUUCAAUUUACACAUGA